AUGGAGGGAUUUACGGACGAGGAACCGUUCGUAUCAGCUAUCUACAAGCUGUCAGGCAACGCAUCGGCUUCGGAAUUAUUCUCAAGCGAUGAAGAUGCAAGGCCCGCUUUUAAAGGACAAAAGGGGAAAAGGGAAAGGGAGCAGAUGUCACCGAAGAAAGGGAAGAAAAAGAUUAAAGAAGAUAAAGGAACGAAGGUUUCGGAGGAUAAGGAAGGAAGCAAUAAACUAAACGAGUUUAAAAAAAUGUACGAAAAGAUAAUGACCGAAGCGAAGAUUCUUAGCGAUUUAAUACGUCAGCACGGGAAUUACACGAAGAUGGAAAUUAAGGAUCACGUCAAGGAGAUGAGAAGAUGGGCGGAGAAGGGAGAAAUGACACUUAUAGAGGUAGAACAAGAGAGGCACACGCGUAGGGAAGAAAAGCCGAGGAAGGAAGUUAAAACCUGCACAGUAGGAACACAAACUUACCUGUCGGGAAAUGAGGAAGAGGAAGAAAAGGAAAGUAAGGAAAUUAGUGAACAAGUAGACCGGGUUGUAGAAUAUCAAGACCUGGAGCCGCUGAUGAAUAGACACUGGCCACAGGCGACAUACAAAGCGAUAAAAGAAGUGGAGAAAACCCAAGACACCUAUAAGGACAACACCUUUGUAUACCUGUUCGACCAUAGAAGGGACAGGUCAGACGGGGAGGGACUAGAGUUGGAAACGGUAUUCCCAGGUUUUAAGGAAAUGAUAAAGACUAGUAAAGGUGACACGGAAGAGAUGGGCAACACUCAAACAAUCACAUCGAGGGCAGGAGCUAAAACAACGGUUAAGAAAGUAUACAUGCAGCCAGUCACUGGGGACUCUGUAGUGUGCGAGGAAACAUAUAAGAAACUGGAAGGGGUGUUGAAAGGUUGCAAGAGGAAUUGUAAUGAGGGAACCUCAAUGGGCAGUAUAGGCAUAAGCGAGGAGGAGGAGGAAACCUUUAAAGGCCAAAGGGGUAAAAGAGAAAGGGAGGAACAAUCUCCAAAUCAGAGAGGUAAAAAAAGUAAAGAGGACGAAAUACUUAAAGGAGUCACUGUAAUGAGUGAAUUUAAGGAACUAUAUUCUAGGAUAAUGAAGGAGAGUAUAAUUCUAUGUAACCUCAUGGAGAAGCACGGGAACUAUACCAAAAAUGAAAUCAAGGAUAAGGCCAAGGAAAUAAGGAGAUGGACAACUAAAGGAGACCAGAAACUCAAAGAACUGGAUAAUCUUCAAAUAGUACAGUGUGCAGGAGAAGAACAGCGGAAAAGAGACGGGAAGGAGAAAGCUGUGCAAACGGCGAAGGAUAUAGGUAAGAGGAAAGGUGCACUAGCAAGAACUCCGCCUGAACAAGCAAGGAAAAAUGUUGUUAAGGAAGAGAAAUUCUAUACUCCAAAAUCGGGAUUCAGCGAAAGUGGAUCAAUCUCUUCUGAAAGAUGGGAAGACGAGGAAAUAGGAGCAAGCGAGAUAUACGACUUAACGAUGGAGGAAGACAGUACGCCAAAUAAGAUGGGUGGGAGACAGACAGCUAAAAAGAGAAGGAGGGAUGAUGACAGUACACCUAGCACACCAAAGGAGGAAGCGAAAAUAAUAAGGAGCAUAAGAGAGGAAGAACUUAGAAUACAUGCUGUAAUGGAAAAGGAAUCUGUUUCGGACGAAUUACCGACUCCUGGGACAAUGGAGGGAUUUACGGACGAGGAACCGUUCGUAUCAGCUAUCUACAAGCUGUCAGGCAACGCAUCGGCUUCGGAAUUAUUCUCAAGCGAUGAAGAUGCAAGGCCCGCUUUUAAAGGACAAAAGGGGAAAAGGGAAAGGGAGCAGAUGUCACCGAAGAAAGGGAAGAAAAAGAUUAAAGAAGAUAAAGGAACGAAGGUUUCGGAGGAUAAGGAAGGAAGCAAUAAACUAAACGAGUUUAAAAAAAUGUACGAAAAGAUAAUGACCGAAGCGAAGAUUCUUAGCGAUUUAAUACGUCAGCACGGGAAUUACACGAAGAUGGAAAUUAAGGAUCACGUCAAGGAGAUGAGAAGAUGGGCGGAGAAGGGAGAAAUGACACUUAUAGAGGUAGAACAAGAGAGGCACACGCGUAGGGAAGAAAAGCCGAGGAAGGAAGUUAAAACCUGCACAGUAGGAACACAAACUUACCUGUCGGGAAAUGAGGAAGAGGAAGAAAAGGAAAGUAAGGAAAUUAGUGAACAAGUAGACCGGGUUGUAGAAUAUCAAGACCUGGAGCCGCUGAUGAAUAGACACUGGCCACAGGCGACAUACAAAGCGAUUAAAGAAGUGGAGAAAACCCAAGACACCUAUAAGGACAACACCUUUGUAUACCUGUUCGACCAUAGAAGGGACAGGUCAGACGGGGAGGGACUAGAGUUGGAAACGGUAUUCCCAGGUUUUAAGGAAAUGAUAAAGACUAGUAAAGGUGACACGGAAGAGAUGGGCAACACUCAAACAAUCACAUCGAGGGCAGGAGCUAAAACAACGGUUAAGAAAGUAUACAUGCAGCCAGUCACUGGGGACUCUGUAGUGUGCGAGGAAACAUAUAAGAAACUGGAAGGGGUGUUGAAAGGUUGCAAGAGGAAUUGUAAUGAGAGAGGACAGCAGACAAUCAAAGACUAG